AUAAACCAAAAAGAAGAAGAAACAAUAAUGUCCAGAUGUGGACCAAAAUCUAAACCGUGAUCCUGUGCCUUGAUCCACUAUCAAAAUAUCAAUGUCUCGUUUCCGAAUUGGCGAUUAUAAAUAGAUCCCAUUUAUUACAUUUCUAAGUUAACUUGUAAAAAAAUGUGCAAUGUUGAAGAAAUCGCGGAUUGUGGAGAUAUUUUAACAUUGGGUAGAGCUUUGUUUAUACCAGAAAAAGAAGAUAAGACUUGGCUAUCAAAAUGCUCAGUAUCUUUGUCGUCUUGCGGAAACCUAUUGUCGGUUGGGUACAAAAAACGCCUCUGUUUUCUUACUGCUCAAUGGAUAAGUUCAAUCGAAAGCAACACAUAUUUGGUAUCAUGGAGUGGUACUCUUGCAUCUGAUAUCACCUCUGUUCUGACACUGUCAAUUUGUCCUUCACAACAAUCGUCACAGAAUGGGCCAGAUUGGUUCUGCAUAGUUGUUGGGUUUCAAAAUGGAAGUAUCGGAUUCUAUACAAACACUGGUCAUUUGUUAUUACAUGAAAAAUUAGAUGAAAAACCUGUAUUGAAAAUCUCAUGUCAUACAGGAACUUAUGGUACUCUUCCGGAUGAUGUUCACAUAAUAUUUCAAACUGGUGUUUGUGUCCUCAUUGGAUCAAGCUUGUUCCAAACACUUAGAAAUGCUAAAGCACAAGUUGCAAAAGUUCAAGCUGGUAUCCGGGAUGAACAUGCAGUAGAUAGCAGGAAUAUUCAGAUAAGAAAAUGGACAUUUACAGAACAGGAACAAAUUAAUGAUGCUGCAGUGGUUGGGCUAGAAUUAAAAAAUACUUAUGACCAUUUCCUAGCAGCUUCAACAUAUGGAGGAUAUGAUACUUGGUACCGCUCCAUUCCACCAGUCAAUACAUUAAUUCUUGCUUCAGGCAUAACGCCAUAUUUGGGAUUUCAUUAUGCAUUAGAGGGUGGAACAACUCCCCCUCUACAAGAUGUGGCUCGAGCAGUUGCCAAUAAAAUUAAAUCAGCACUACCUGGCUGGUUGGGUGGGUCUACCGAGGUUGCGCCAAAUAAUGCAGAGCCUCUAAUAAGAGCAGAACAGUUAUCAAUGAGGAAUGGUAUAUUUGAUGGACAGCGACACGGCACUACAGUCACAAUAUCUCCGGACCGGCGUCUUGCUGCAUUUACCGAUAGUUUAGGAAGAGUGGCUGUCUUAGAUGUAACCAAAGGCUGUGUUAUUAGACUUUUCAAAGGAUGCAGAGAUGCUCAGUGUGCUUUUGUUCAAAUUUUUGAUGCAGACAACAAAAAACCACAACUUUCUGUCAUUAAGGAGAUACGAAGAGCAUUGUUCUUAAUCAUUUACAAUCCGAAAAAAGGCCUUAUAGAUAUCAGACUCAUGCAAAGAGGCAGUAGAGUUGCAGUCUUCACAGCAACAAAAAAUGGAAAACUGUUAUACAAUACUUGCGGAUUGACUGGCGCAGAAAAAAAUUAUACUCAUAAAAAACUAAACUUACCAGAAUUUCAGUGUGUGCUAAUUGAUCCAGAUGGCAAGCUAAAGAAGUUUAAUAUUCCGUUCUACUACUCUUUGGAAGGCGAACAUUUAGAAAGGUCGAAAGAUUUACACAUUAUAAGAGCCAUACGCGAUAUUAUAAAGAAAUCUUCAAAUUUCUCGGACGACAUUAAAGAAGAAAUAGUUCAAAGUGCUUCAAAGUUGAAAACGUUGGAGAUUAAAAAACAUUGCUUAGAAAUGUUGAUAAAGAACCGUGAAACAUCUUCAGAAACACUAAUUUCUUGCUUAGAAAUAUUUUGGGACAGUCUUACUGAUGAUGAGUUGUAUGAGCAUAAUCAAAAAAUUCAAAACUAUUUUGGGAACCUCGCACUGGUCACUCUUUUUCAUAGACUUAUUUGUAACGAAAAUACUGAUGAUGUGCAAAAUUUAAUUGCCAAAGUCUGUGAAACCUUUGAGUUAAAACAGCAUUUAGAAAUUGACGAUAAACUUGACGAUGGCCUUGAUUUUCAUCUUUUAGAAGACGAUAAUUGUAUAUUAGAACGAUUAUUAAUUUUAGCACAAGAAAAAGAUUUCAGGGAGCAGCAACAGACAAAAGUUACUUUUGCAGAUAAUCACAUAAGCACAUACAAAGACUUUAUCUCGUGUUUUGUGCUAGAAAACAGAGAAGAAUUUAUAACAUUAAAACCAGAUAUAACAACUGAAAAAUUAAAUAAUUUAUCAUGCGACAUUUUUAAAUGUAUAAUUAAACUAAAUGACCUUACUUUGCUGACAAAAUGCGUUAAAGCUAGUAAUAUUGAUUCAAAAGAAAUCGUUAAACUUGUGAUUAUGCAUGUAGCUAACAUGCCACUCGAACAAAUAAAUUUAGAUUUAAUAGAGAAAAUCAUUGCUGUAUUGUAUUAUCUAUGUAGAGUGUCUGAAGAAGCUACUAAUAUGAAAUAUAAUGAAAUAUCUCCGUGGUGGGAAAAUAUUCGCGGCAUACUUGUCGACUUACCAUGCCCUCUAAGAAGUUUGAUACUUGCAAUGACUUGUAAAUCUGUUGCCAAUAUUUUUGAAUCUAUGUCUCCCGAAAAAGAGGACGCUUGGGAGUCUCUCACUAAAGAAAAUGCUAAAUGGGGUAUUCUAAUCGGCAAAUUAGAGGACAUAUCUAUAUUAAGUAUAAUUCUUAUGUGUAAGGCCAAUUUUCAUGGCGAUUCGCUACCUAAGCUUCCGUUUGAAGAGAUGAACAUUAAUUUAAAAUAUAUAUAUACGAGGGGAAAAGGCUCAGUAACAGAAUUGAUCGCCAAGUGGCUUUGUGGCAUGGGCGUGCCACCAGAGACAAUAGUGGCAAAUGAACUUAUGGAAAUGUUUGACGCUACUUCCAAUUCAGAAUUGAAUUCUACAGCAGGCGAUGAUAAACCUGAAUUCCUGUUCAUGGAAAAUAAUCGCCAUUAUAUUGAUAGUAAUCCGCAAAUAUUUAAAUGGUUAUCUCUCCUUCGAAGACAGUUUCCUUUGAGCACAAAGGCUGACUAUGUUCUUGCAAACAUGUGUUGGGAAUAUGCAAUGGAAUGGCAAAAGUCUUUAAAUAAAACUAUUGAGUUAGAAGCAGUACUACAAUGCUUAGAAAACAUAUCGGAUUUACAUUUACGUUUAGGUUUGUUUUCCAUAAUUUGGUUGACUUACAUAAAACAUACUUUCGAAGAUAGUUGUCGGCUUGUCAAUAAAGUAGGAAAAUUGCCUAAAGACCAUUUAUGCAUACAAGACCUUGGAUUCAAGAGCGAAUGCUUGAAGAGUUUUCUCAAUAUCGCAAAAAACUAUUUGGACAAAUUCUACUCUUGCUCUUUAAAGACGUUUGAUCAGGCAAAACAAGAAAUAAAGUUUGAAAAAAUUUGGGAUGAAAGUUUGCCAUCUUUGGUAGAAGUUGCACAAGAUACAAAAACUGUUAACAUAGAUAUUUUGAACCUGAACUAUCAAAUCUCAUGUACUAUUUAUUAUCAGUGUCAUUUCAACUUGAAGUUUACAAAGCCGUUAGAUAGUCUUUAUGAUAUUGACUAUCAGUACAUAUUGGAGGCUCUUGCAGGCAAUGUUGUACAGAGAGAUAUUAGUAUGAAAUGUUCAGAAAAGUUGUUGGCGCCCAGAAUGAAAUAUCUUACGAAAUUAACGCGAACUGCAGUUGAAACCAUAAGUUGUAUAGAUAACAAUGAAGAAUCCAAAUCAUACAAUAAUGAAGAAUGUUUACAUUGGAUUGAAAAUAUCUGCGUUUUGGCGGAACUAUGGGGUGUCGAUAACAACUAUGUGAGGCGACAAUAUGUGACUGGUUUAUAUCAUAUGGGAUAUGAUGAAUUAGCAGUGAAUAUACUCGGUUUAAUCACAGAACCACAGUUAUUACUGCCUUCAGUUUUAGCAAUAACCAUCCAAAGACUAAAACGAAGUUUAGAGAAUUCAACCAACCAACCGGAGUGGAUAGUAUCCAUGCCACCUCAGCUUUAUAAGAAAAUGCAAAAUACGAUUUUGGACCCAUCAAUUCCGGCUCAGCCGUCAUUGUCAACUACUACACUAGUUCUACAGAAACUAGUGUCCCAGAUUGCUAAAAAAACAAUGGAUGCAGAAGCAAUGCAAAACAUCAAAUUGGCUGAACUUAUUAUUGAAAGCUGCGAACUCUUAAUUAGAAGAAAAUUAUGAAAAUCUAAUCAAUAAAGUAUAAUGAAACUGUU